AUGCCCGGCGGCCUCUCCCGCCAAUCUGAAAUUCUUAUAAAAACUAUUUCAUCUCUCUCUCUCUCUCUCUCGGAAGUACUCUUCUUGUUCUUCUUCUUCUCUCUCUCCCUUUCUGUCUCUCUCCGGCCACAAUCUCCAUUUCCGGCAUUGAAGAUGUUCCAGAGCAUCAGAUCGAGGGAGCUAAACGGAUACAGAGUUCGGAAAAGGCCGUACAUCGCCGAUUGGACGCCGGAGCUGACCGACAAUGGAGCUGUGGCAAUAGAGCACCUCGGGGAUGAGACGCCGCCACUGGCCAUAUCGUUUUGCAAGACAAGUGAAUUGUCCCAUGUCCUUGCUGUAUCUGAUGAGGAUGGGCAUGUGAGCUUGUUCAAUACUAGCAAGAAGUUAUUAUCAUCUCCAUCAAACCAAGAAAAUGCAGAUAAAGCUAGAAUUGGUGACUGGGUUGCUCAUCAAAAUGCCAUUUUUGAUUUAUGUUGGAUCAAGGAAGAUGUGAACAUUCUAACUGCUUCUGGAGAUCAAACAAUUAGACUAUGGGAUGUCCAGAAAAGAAAAUGUACUGGAGUGUUGAUGGGCCAUACAGGAAGUGUGAAAUCACUAUGCCCACAUCCAAGCAAUUCCAAUCUUGUUGUUUCUGGUGCUCGGGAUGGAUCCUUUGCCAUUUGGGACCUGAGAUGCAAUCGUGCUUCCACAAGCAGGGCAGGAGAACUUUGCAUAGUCUCAAAUUCCAUUGUCAAGGGAGCCCAUUUGCCACAUCAACACAAGCGGACCAGGCGUGGCAAGGCCGCUUCCAUGAGCAUCACAUCAGUUCUUUAUCUCAAGGAUGAAGUUUCGGUGGCAACAGCUGGAGCAGUGGAUAGCAUAAUCAAGUUCUGGGACACAAGAAAAUUGAAAGCUCAAGUCACACAGACAUGCCCUAAUCACGAUUCACCAACUAAAAAGGAACAAAGGUUACAUGGUGUAUCUAGCCUGUCUCAGGAUUCAAAUGGAGUGUUUCUUACUGCUUCAUGUAUGGAUAACAGAAUAUACUUGUACAAUGUGCUUCAACUGGAAAAGGGUCCUGUUAAAUCAUUCUCUGGUGCUCAGAUAGAGUCAUUUUAUGUCAAGGCUGCAAUCAGUCCAGAUGCAAAUCAAUUACUCAGUGGCUCGAGUGAUGGAAAUGCCUACAUUUGGCAGGUGAACAAACCCGAUACAGCUCCCGUCAGUUCAAACAGUCAUGAUGGUGAAGUUACGGCAGUAGCUUGGUCAGAGUCAGAUGCUGGAAAGCUAGCAACUUCUUCCGAUGACUUCACAGUUCGAGUUUGGAGUAUCCAAAGCAACUUUUGCUCGACCACCACGACAUCCCCGUCUGCCAUUAGAAGGAGAGUAAUGGCGACCCCACCCGAUGAGUGCAAAAAUAUACGAACAAGGAGGAUGAAAUCAGAAUUUCCUGAGGGUCCUGAAAAGGAGCUUUCCUUGGACAGAUUGCGAGAUGAGACAAUUCCUAGAAGUCCAACCAUGACAGAACCGAUCAUCGGAACUCCAGAGGGGCAAAAGAAGAGGGUGCUAAUUAGCUUUGAUUUGGAGGAAGGAUCCAAGAAAACCCCCGAAGCCACAGUGAAUAGUCCCUCUUCCGUACUGAGUCCUCCUUCCUCUGUGAAGAGAACUAUUAGAGAUUACUUUCUAGCAUCCUCAUGAACAUCAAACCUUCUUGACUAGCUCCUGUAACGAUUCUUCAUAUUCUGUUGUCCCAUUUUUUAUGUAAAGCACGGCGAUAACUAGCAAUGGAGAGAGAAAAAGUUAUACAUGUACUCUAA